AUGGAUGAAAGAUUGUUGGAGGUUGCUCAUGAGGGAAACAUCGAUCGUUUGUAUGCAUUAAUUCGAGAGGAUACAGGUAUUCUGGAGCGCAAUAUCGAUGAUAUCUUGUUAGCUGAUACACCCUUACAUGUGGCUGCAUCAACCGGUAACCAUCAUUUUGCUGCAGAAGUCAUGAGGUUGAAGCCCUCGUAUGCUACGAAGCUCGACCUAGAUGGCCUUAGCCCCAUGCACGUUGCUCUGCGAGGUGGGCAUGACCGCAUUGUUAAGUUGUUCGUCUCGGUUGACAGCAACUUAGUCCGGGACAAAGGAAUAGAGGGCACAACUCCUUUGCACUACGCAGUUGCUGUGGAAAAUGAUAAUCUCUUGAGAUUGUUUCUAUUGGCUUGUCCAGACUCUAUUGAAGAUUUGACAACUAGACGAGAAACUGCACUGCAUAUUGCUUUAAAAUACCACAAUCAGAGAAUUUUUGAAGUGUUGGUGGGAUGGCUAAAAAGGGUCGAGAAGGAGGACAUCUUGAACUGGGCCGACGAGGAUGGCAACACCGUCUUGCAUAUGGCAACAUCAAAAAAUCAAACCCAGGCUGUAAAAUUGUUGUUAAGCAAAAAGUUGAUUAGAAAGAUUAAGGUAAAUGCCAAGAACGACAUGGGGUUAACAAGUCUGGACAUCUUUCAACUUCCAAAGGAAUUGGACAACAGAGAGAUUGGGGACAUGCUAUGCCAAGCUAAAGCAAUGAGAGGAAUAUCCGUCAACCAUGAUCCACUCCAAGAAAUACAUGAUGAUGAGGCCAGCAAAAAGAUGUCGCCGGAAGAAACAGUACAGAAGUACUUCGGACUUGGCGCGCAAAAGAAGUCGCCGGCUGAUAAAAUAGACAUGACUCAGUCGGUACUAACAGUGGCUGUACUGAUUGCCACCGCCACAUUCCAGGCCGUGCUCAGCCCUCCCGGUGGAUUAUGGCAAGAUGACUACUAUAUCCCGCCCAUUCCCGUCCCCAACACCACAUUGCCAUAUGGAAUUGAAGAUGCUAGCAAGUGGGAGCUUGUAAUGGAAGAUGGGAUGAAGUCCCUUAUCUCCAACAAAACAUGGGAACUUGCCAAGUUAUCAACAGGAAAGAAAGCUCUUCACAACAACAUUGUUGCAGCAGAAGGUUUACACCUAGAGCAGUUAGAUGUCAAAAUUGCUUUCUUCCGCGGAGACCUCGAGGAGGAGAUUUACAUGUAG